CACUGUGUAUAUAUUUGGAGGGUUCAACAGUCUCCUCCUGAGCGAUAUCCUGAGGUAUACACCAGAAAGCUGUGAAGCUUAUGACAAUGAGACAUCUUGCUUGAGAGCAGGUCCUGGAAUCAGGUGUGUGUGGAACACCACUUUUUCUCUGUGUGUCCCAUGGGAAAGAGCAACAGUAGAGCAACAACAAAAAGUUUUCGAAGAAUGUCCUUCUAAACCAGAUCAUGAAAAAUGUAAUCAGAUUACAGACUGCUAUAGCUGUACAGCAAAUACAAAUAACUGUCAAUGGUGCACUGACCAGUGUAUCCUAAAGCAUAACAACUGCACAGAAGAUCAGGUACCCAUUACUGAAUAUGAUAAAUGCCCCAAGGAUAACCCUGCAUAUUAUUGUAACAAAAAGACAAGUUGUAAAAGCUGUGCCAUGGAUCAGAACUGUCAGUGGGAGCCCAGGAAUCAAGAGUGCAUAGCUUUACCUGAAAAUAUCUGUGGAGCAAACUGGCAUUUGGUUGGCAACUCGUGUUUGAAAAUCAAUAGCACAAAAGAGAGCUAUGACAAUGCUAAAUUGGCAUGCAGAACUCACAAUGCUCUACUGGCAUCUCUCACAACCCAGAAGAAGGUGGAAUUUCUUCUAAAGGAGCUGCAGAGAAUGCAGUCUUUGCCCAAAACUUUGACCCCAUGGGUUGGACUGCGGAAGAUCAAUGUGUCGUACUGGUGCUGGGAAGACAUGUCUCCGUUUACAAACACCUUGCUCCAGUGGCUGCCUGGGGAACCAAGUGAUGCUGGAUUUUGUGGAUAUUUAGCUGAGCCUUACCAGCAGGGAUUGAAGGCCGCAACAUGUAUCAACCACGUUAAUGGCAGUAUCUGUGAAAGGCCUG